AGACAACGAAAUAUCUGUAUCCAAACAGACACACGUGCGAUACAUUCGAAAUCCCGCCACCCUCGAACGUGACAAAAUCCCAGUAGAUUCAAAUUCCAAGUUCUAACCCCAUCAGACGAUUCGAUUACUAGGGUUCAUAUUCAAAGAGAAGGGUGUUUGUCAAAUUUUCGAUUAGUUUCAGAAAAAUAUGAAUUUGGGGGACCUAAACAAGAUCUGGGAAAUCAAAACCCUGAAAAGAAAGGAUCAGGAAGCGGAAGCCAGGAAGAUUCUCGAGAAAAUUGCCAAACAGGUCCAGCCCAUUAUGCGCAAACACAAAUGGCGCGUCAAGCUUCUCUCUGAAUUCUGCCCAAACAACCCUCGUCUUCUAGGGUUGAAUGUGAACCGCGGCGUGCAUGUGAAACUGAGGCUGCGUAGGCCAAACAGGGAUUGGGAUUUCUAUCCAAUUGAUCAAGUCCUUGAUACAAUGCUUCAUGAACUUUGUCACAAUGUUCAUGGCCCUCAUGAUGCCAAGUUCUACAAGCUCUGGGAUGAACUUAGAAAGGAAUGUGAGGAGCUGAUGUCUAAGGGAAUAACUGGCAGUGCUGAGGGGUUUGAUCUUCCAGGGAGACGUUUGGGGAGUUUUUCACGUCAACCCCCCCUUUCUUCUCUCCGCAAAACUGCACUUGCUGCUGCAGAAAAGAGAGUUCUUUUAGGAUCUAUGAUGCCAUCUGGACCUAAGCGUCUUGGUGGUGAUAGCAGUAUUAUGGUUGCACUUAGUCCAGUGCAAGCUGCUGCGAUGGCUGCAGAGAGGAGAUUGCAGGAUGAUAUCUGGUGUGGUUCGGUGUCAGCUGAAGCUUCUACGGAUGGAGAAUGCAGCUAUGAUAAAUCAGAGGACCAUCAAAAUAUAGGGCCAAAUGCAGGAAGUUCAAGGCCUCCCAAUGGGGCAAAAGCACAUUCCUCAGAUACGUUAUUGCAAAAAAGAAGUCGGGAACUGAAUACCAAUGGUUUUUCUAAAUCUACCAAAUGCAAUUUAGGAUCUGAGUUGGUAGAUUUAUCCAUGCAUGAGUCAAUAUCUGGGUCCAUGAUUGAUUGUGAUAUCAAAUCUCAAAAGAGAAGUCGAGGAUCAGAAAAUAGUUCAUUCUCUCUUUCCAAUUGCCAUCUAGAAUCUAGUGUUAGGCAUCAGUCAGGUGUUUCAUCUUCCGGGUCCAUGUCUAAUAAUGAUGGAACACAUAAUCCAGAGGAAACUGCUCUUUGGCAGUGUGAAACGUGCACUUUGCUGAAUCCCCCAUUGGCUCCAAUAUGUGAGCUCUGUAACACAAAGAAACCAAAAGAUAUUGGUACAAAUUACAAAAUCUGGUCCUGUAGAUUCUGCACUUUGGAAAACUGUGUGAAGUUGGAGAAAUGCUCAGCAUGUGGUCAGUGGAGAUACUCACAUGGCCCACCAAUAGCAAGCCAGGCACCAAAUCUGGGCACUUGAGGGGCACACCAGUAAUAAUCAUUGGCCUUUAACUUGUAGUUUUUGAAAUCGGUUGCCUGAUUACUUUUCUUUUUGGACUUGCCAUUUAAGUUGUUAACUUGUUAUUAGCUAUCUUAUUUUUUCUUACUUGGCAAGACUCUUUGCAUCGUUGUGAAUUUUGGUAUAGAUUGAAUGAAAAAUUAAUUGUUACAUCUCAGCGAAGCAGAUGCGGAA